AUGACGCAUCCCAACAGCCCCAUUAACGAAAUUGAAAUCUUCAGUCCCCUCAACCAGAGCGUCGUCUCCCAAUGGAACAGAAAGGAGCAACAACCAGCGUCUUUGCUGGAGGUAAUUCGUGGACAUGCAAAAUCCCGCCCCGAUCACACGGCCAUUUGCGCUACGGAUGGAACAAUAUCGUACGCACAACUAGACCGAAUUACGACACGGUGGGCCGGAUAUCUUCAGAUUCAGGGAGUCGGACCUGAAUGCCUAGUCCCGAUCAUGAUGGACCAUUCUAAGUGGGCGGCGGUUGCGGAAAUUGCCAUUCUGAAGGCUGGGGGCGCCUUUGUGCCAUUGGAUCCGGCUCAGCCAGUAGCCAGAUUAGAGGAUAUUGUCCAGCAAAGUAAUGCCAGACUUGCCGUUUCCUCUAGCAGCCACACCGAUAAGUUAUCGAACCUCGUGGCCACCGUGAUUCCGAUAUCAGAAGAGACCACAACUGGUCUGCCAACGGCCUGCCUAGAUACUCUGAGUCCCGUCACCUUUGAUCGCACUGCUUAUGUUCUCUUCACAUCUGGAAGUACGGGCCGCCCCAAGGGGUGUGUAGUCAGUUACGAGGCCCUGAGUGAUGUUGUACAUCAGACUCCAGCACUGAAAAUUGUACCAGAGAGUCGGGUGCUGCAAUUCGCUUCAUACACCUACGGAAUGUCUCUGAUUGAGAUAUAUUGUACACUGUCGGCUGGAGCUACGAUAUGUGUACCAUCAGAUGACGAAAGAUUAAAUGCGUUAAACAGCAUUAUUCGAUCUAUGCAGAUGACUUGGGCCAUCCUGACCCCCUCGACAACGCUAUCAAUUACGGAGUCAGUUGACAGCCUUCAGACACUAGUUGUUGCCGGUGAGGCCUUGACGCUCGACCGUGUUCACGCUUUAGCAGACAAGGUUGAGCUUAUCCAGGCGUUUGGAUUCACAGAAUGGGGUGGAAUCUGUUGUGUGUCACAACGAGUUACCUCAGAGUCUGAUAGACGUGUCAUUGGCCGAUCUCCAACUGCGCGUCUCUGGCUUGUCGAUCCUAACAACAGCAAUAAAUUGGCCCCAGUCGGCGCAGUGGCUGAGUUAUUGGUUCAGGGUCCGGCCCUCGCAGACGGGUAUUUAGGACAACCUGAGAAAACAACCACAGUCUUCCUGAAAGAUCCUCCCUGGCUGCCAGCAUCGGCCACCGAGAGCCGGUUAUACCGAUCCGGCGACUUAGUGCAAUACACACCCAACGGAGAGCUCCGGUAUAUCUCGCGAAAGGAUAGUCAAGUCAAGAUUAGGGGUAUGCGGGUUGAACUCGCUGAGGUAGAAUAUCAGAUCCGCCAAGCAUGUCCCCAGCUGGAUCAAGCCAUUGUUGAGGCCGCAGCCCCAAAGGAUUCAAGUGGAAUUCAUAUCCUCGUUGCCUUUUUGCAUUGGGGAAACCGUAAAGACCUAUCAGGACAGACCUUCUUGAACAUGAUUGAAAGGAUUAAGACUUUCCUAGCGUUGACACUUCCAGAUUAUAUGCGGCCUGGCGUUUAUGUUCCGUUGGACUCAGUCCCCGUGACCAUCUCAAGAAAGGUGGACAGAAAGGCUCUGAAAGAGAUUAUCCUCACUUCGACACGCAAAGAGCUGGAUAGGCAGCAGUCUGCCUCCGCGUCGAUAAUUUUCCCCCAGUCUGAUGUUCAACGACUGGUACUGCAGCUAGUCGCCGAGGUGCUCCUUUUAGAACCACUCUCAUUUGGCGUGGGCCACAACUUCGUCAGUCUUGGUGGUGAUUCCGUCACAGCUAUGAUGUUGGUUAAUAGAUUGGCGAAGCGUGGUUACAAGGUGACUGUCGGGUCACUUCUUGGCGCACAAACCCUGUCUAAUAUCUCUUCGCUGCUCCAACCCCGGACCAAACCUGAUAGCGAUGAAGUGUGGCAGAAAAGUCUGGCAGCCGACGCAGAGUUAAAGAGUGACACUGAAACGAAUAGCUAUGUCACUAUCCCCAGGCUUGCUCACUGCGGCCCUAUCGAGCAAUCGUUUUCGCAGGCGCGGAUGUGGUUCCUGCAGGAGAUGCAUGCAGAGUCGACGUGGCUGCUCCUCCCACACGCCACGCGUGUCCGAGGCGCAUUGCAGCUCGAAGCCCUAAAUGCCGCCCUUUCCACGGUGGUCGAGCGCCAGGAAGCCUUGCGGACUACCUUUACGAGUCACAAUGGGGUUGGAUUGCAAGUCGUCUCCCCAUUCCAGCCUCCAUCGUUGAAAGUGGUGGACAUGACUUUUGCGUCAAAUGACGAGCUCAUGAGCAGCAUUCACCAGCAGCAAAACACGCCUAUGGACCUGACAAAAGAGUGCUGGCGUGUUAACCUCUUGCGACUGUCCUCCACAGACCACGUGCUCUCAAUUGUCCUGCACCAUAUCAUCGCUGACGGCUGGUCGUUCGACAUCUUUGUGAAAUCGCUUGCAAAAUAUUAUAAUGCUGUCGUCCGAGGACAGUCUCCUCUCGAUGUCGACGCACCUCUUUCAAUCCAGUAUCGUGACUUCGCUGUCUGGCAGCGACAAGAGAAGAAUAGCGUGCAUGAAGAGCAGCUCGCUUACUGGGAACACCAGCUAGACGGCAGCCAGCCGCUGGAGUUUCUAUGUGAUAAGCACCGACCCGCAAUGCUCUCCGGUGAAGCUGGUUGGCUGCCAGUAAAGAUUGACGGCUCUCUCUACCGGGAUCUGCACCACUUCUGUCGCUCUCACCAAGUCACCCCCUUCUCCGUCCUGUUGGCUGCCUUCCGGGCGAUGCAUUUCCGCCUCACGGGAGCCGGUGACGCAACCAUCGGCAUUCCUGCUGCUGCUCGCACGCACACCGAGUUAGAGGGCCUGAUCGGGUAUUUUGGAAACGUUCAAUGCAUCCGGACUAAGGUUGAAACUGAAGACCAGUCAUUCCACCAACUCGUGGAUCAGGUCCAAUCAGUCACCACCGCUGCUUUUGAGAACCAAGAUGUACCGUUUGACCACAUCGUUUCCCGGCUGAUGAAAGACCGCGAUGUCUCUCGCCAUCCCUUGGUUCAGGUUACGUUUAUUCUCCAUCCGCAGACCAACUUCGGUCAAUUACAACUGGACGGUCUCCAGGUGGAACAACUCCGUCUUCCACAAGUCUCAAGACUCGAUCUCGAAUUUCAUCUUUAUCCUGCAGAUGACUUCCUCCGAGGAGAUAUCCACUAUUCUGUGGACCUGUUCAAUUCGGAAACGGUCCAAGAAAUGCUCUCGGUUUUCUACGAUGUUCUCCGUGAAGGCCUCCGUCAGCCAGAUACCGACGUUGGCUCCCUUCCCUUGACCAACGGUUACGAUACGUUGAAUGAGAAAGGAUUGAUCUAUCCAGACCCCAAGGCUCCUGCUCCUGUCUUGAGUAUUAUCCACAUGUUCCUUGAGCAAGUGGCUGCUCAUCCAGAUGAAAUUGCGGUCCGAGAUAUCAAGAACCAGCUCACCUACUCCGAGCUCGAUCAGAGAUCCUCUUUUCUGGCCGCCUGGUUGAUAAAAUUGUACUCAUUGCCUUUGGAAACCCCGGUUGGGGUCUACGCUCCUCGAUCCUGUGAGGGUAUUGUCGCUAAUUUCGGUAUCAUGAAGGCGGGGCUCACGUAUGUCCCCUUGGAUGUCGAUGCUCCCAUGGAACGCAUAGAAACGAUUCUUUCCUGCCUCCCAUCGUGUGAGCUUGUGCUAUUGGGAUCGGAUCAGAAGUCCCCUGCUGUCUCUGCGCCAGUCGUCAAAUUUUCUUAUAUCACGGACUCAUUGGGUGAGGCGACAGCGCAGGAUGUGCGGGCAUUCUUGAGCACCACGCCUAUCACUCGUCCGACUAGUCUAGCAUGUAUACUGUUCACCUCCGGUACAACCGGAAAGCCUAAGGGAGUGAUGAUGGAACAGUAUGGCAUCGUUCGGCUGGCCAAAGACCCCGAGAUCGUUGCCCACGUCGCAGCCUCCAAGGUGUCGUCAUACCUGCUGAACCCAGUUUUUGAUGCCUCUGGGUUCGAUAUCUAUCCCGCCUUGUUGAACGGCGGCACCCUGGUGUGCAUUGAACGACAGGCCGUCUGGGACUAUACCGUGCUAGAAGAGAAAUUUGUCAAGAAUGGGGUACGGCGCGCCGUGAUGACUCCGGCCAUGCUGAGUCAGUGUCUCGCCUCCGCGCCGACUAUCUUGAGUGGGCUGGAUAUACUCUACGUCGGAGGCGACAAACUGGAACCGGCCGACGUCGCCAAGGCACGGCGCAGUAGUGGCAACCUACGGAUUCUUAAUUGCUACGGGCCCACCGAGAACUCGGUCAUCAGCACUCGGUACGCCAUCCACGACCACGAGGCUGGCGUCAAUGGCAUCCCUAUCGGGCGUGCAAUCAUCGAGUCGGGCGCCUACGUGAUGGACCGCAGCUUGCGACUGGUCCCCAUCGGUGUUCUAGGUGAGCUGGUGGUCACCGGGUUGGGUCUCGCCCGCGGUUAUGUCAACCCCGAGCACGACCUUAAUCGGUUCGUGACCAUUGAUAUCUGCGGCCGCCUCGUUCGGGCCUACCGUACCGGGGACCUGGUUCGAUACCGGCCCAGUGACGCACAGAUGGAGUUCUUCGGCCGCAUAGACCAGCAGGUCAAAAUCCGGGGUCACCGCAUCGAGCCUGCGGAGAUCGACAAUGUUUUACUAGGCAAUGAGUUGAUCACGACAGCUGUGACAGUGGUGCAGAAACGAGACGCGCAGACGGAGCCUGUACUGGUCAGCUUCGUUACGGUGCAGGACUCGGCACAGGAUUUUGCCCGCUUGGAGGCUCGGGUUCAGAAAGAACAUGUCAACACUUGGAGGGAUAGGGCGGAUGCGGAUGAUCACUACGGCAGCGUUCAUACCAUCCAACCGGAAACCCUCGGUCGAGACUUCUUGGGCUGGGUCUCCAUGCACACCGGCGAGCCGAUAGGGGAAGCAGAGAUGAACGAGUGGCUGAAUGAUACUAUUGCCGCUAUCCGCCGGUUAGAGCCUAGUCGGGUGCUGGAGAUCGGAACAGGCACCGGAAUGAUUCUGUUUAAUCUGAUCGGCAGCCUAGAGCAGUACUUUGGCCUAGACCUGUCCAGUCAAGCGGUUCGUUUUGUUCAGGAGGCAGCAGGUUGGGUUGAUGGGGCGGCGAAGAAGAUCACUGUACAGGUCGGUACCGCAGCCGAUCUGGCCACUGUGAAGGGUGCAGGGCCAUUGGAUCUCGCCAUCAUAAACUCCGUGGUGCAGUACUUCCCUUCGGUAUUCUAUCUACUUAGAGUGAUCUUGGACCUUAUCUACACGCAAGAUCUCAAGUGCAUCUUCUUCGGUGAUAUCCGCUCGUAUGCCCUGCACCAGGAGUUCCAAGCCAGCAAUGUGCGACAUCGGUACGGCCACACCUUGACCGCGCCGGAAUUCCGGCGGCGGAUGGCGGAUGUUUCCCGCUCUGAGCGAGAGCUUUUGGUUGAUCCAGCUUUCUUCACUGCGUUGGCCACGGAAUUGCCGGACAUGAUUGAGCACGUUGAGAUCCUUCCUAAGCAGAUGGAAAUCACCAAUGAACUCAGCUGCUAUCGAUACACGGCAAUCCUGCAUAUCAAACGCUUUGGUCAGCCACUGUUGGAUAUCCAAGAGGUCGACCGGAGCUCAUGGAUUGACUUCGAGAUGCAGGGAUUGGACGCCCGAUCCCUGGCGCAGCUCCUGAAGACGCCAGAAAAUGCUUCUGUCCUUGCCGUUAGCAACAUCCCUUACAGAAAGACAAUUGAAGAGCGAUUCUUGAUCAAAGCUCUUCAAUCCUCGAUGCCGGGAACCAGUAGUGCGGGGUGGAGUCUGGAUGUCUGUAAGCAAGCCCGGGCUUAUCCAGCACUGGCGGCGGUCGAUUUGCUGGACCUUGCACAAAAGACCGGGUGGGAGGUGGAGAUCAGUUGGGCAAGACAAGCCUCGCAGCACGGCGGGCUGGACGCCAUCUUCCACCGUGCUGCUACUACUCAAGGGAGAGGCCGUGUGCUAUUCCGAUUCCCAACUGAACGUCACCAGCCCGGGCCUAUUGACGUCUUCAGUAAUAACCCAUUGAAACCGCAGCGGAAUCAACUGAUCGAAAGCCAGCUUCUGGAGAGGCUUCGUGCCAAGCUUCCGUAUUACAUGGUACCCCAACUGGUCCGUGUGCUAGACCAGAUGCCAGUGAAUAAUGUCGGCAAGGUGGAUAGAAAGACCCUCGCGCAAUGGAACGACAUCGUUUCCCCGCCUGUCAGCGCCACAAAAUCAGAAUCGACGGCCCGACGAGCGGCCUUGAGGUUUGCAAAUGAGGCUGAGCGCGCUCUGUGGGAGGAGUUCACGAGUGUGCUUGGGGUAGAGGUGGGGAUUGACGAUAGUUUCUUCCACCUCGGUGGUCACUCCUUGAUGGCCAUAAAACUGGUUUCCAGAAUCAACAAGCGGCUGGGAUCGACCAUCCGCGUGAGUGAGCUCUUCCAGUAUCCUACAAUCGCUCGCCUGGGCCAGCGAGUGCAAGGCUCCGGGGGUCCUCCAUCCAGCGUCGCCGUGACCAACAGUCCCACACCGUUCUCUCUGCUGGAUGACAGCAGCCUCACUUCAGUGCAGGAACUUGAUUCGUCAUCCUUGGCUGAGAUGCAGCUGCCCUCUGGCGCUGCCGUCGUGGAUAUCUUCCCGGUCACCGAGUGUCAGGCUUGGUUUUUGAGGGAGUGGAGCUUGGUGUCACACUCAUUUGUAAUCCAUGGAGAUCUCGACGUCGUUCGGUUCCGGUCCGCCUGUCAGACGGUGGUGCGGCACCAUACGGUCUUACGCACUGUGUUCACCACCCUCCAGGGGCGUCUGGUCCAGGUCAUUUGUGAAUCAAUUGAUGCGCCGUUCGCCCACGAAACAACUGACUGCGUCCCGGAUUCAGGCUGCAGCAUCGACAGCGAGGGGGGUGCGUUAGCUCCGGCGCCGUUAACGACCCGGUUCACCCUCAUAUCUCGUCUGGGGACAAACGAGCAUCUAUUCACUUUGCAACUCUGCCACGCGCAGUACGACGGAGCUUCGCUCUUCUCCAUUCUAUCCGACAUUGCCUCCGUGUACAGGGCUCCAUCAUCCUCGCCGCUGGCUAGCACCGUCCCCUUCUCCCACUACCUCUAUGCAUCUAGUAUCUCUCGCACCGAGGGCUCCCUUGGCUUCUGGAAGGAAUACUUAGCUGGCUCAUCCGGGCUGACUGCUGUCCCUCCUUCCACCGGCCGAGAGGCGACAAAGAGCCACUCACCCAUAAUCACCGUCCAAGAAGCCAUCGGUGCAUUCAUUCCGCCAUCAUCAGACAUCACCUUCCCUACACUGGUCAACGCCGCCAUCACCCUCUCUCUAGCCAAUCUCACUCAGACCAACGACAUUAACUUCGUCUGUGUAAUGAGCUCGCGCGAUGUCCUCGCCACCGCCGCCGGGCCCCAACAAGCUGACCUCCUCCUUGGUCCAUGCAUCAACCGCACUUUACUCCGCGUCCAGCUUCCUGAAGCCGUAACAAGCUGCUCAGCUCUGGAAUUCUGUCGCCGGUUGCGUGAAAACCAAGCCAGUGUUUCGGAUAUGGGACACCUGGGAUUAACGGAUGUGGUCGAGAACUGCACCGACUGGCUUAUUCCCUCUUCCACCGCUUCGGGUGCAGAUCAACUCCUAAAAGAGACACCAUUUAUCACGCAUCUCCCAGCUGACACCGCGACCCCGUCUUUUCCCUUAGCCGACGACCUUCUUGUGACAUGGAAUUCAACGGAUGUCCGCAUUCACCCCGGAAAUCAAGUCUUCGUUAGAUCUACCACUCCCACUACCACAAACAACGAACUGAAUGCCUGCAUCCAAGUCCAGGCUUCCUGCGUCGUGCUAAGCACAGAGGACGCUUUCACUUUAGCCACUCAUAUCCUGGAGACGGUACAACUCUUGUCGGCGGCUCCUGAGAUGCUGAUUCGAGAUAUUUUACAUUCUGGCAAGAUUUGA